AAGGUACCAAAAUAAGACUCCAGAUUUCUGCCUACCCCAUCUUGUCCAAUAAUUAAUUUAUUUGUUUAAAAAUAAAUGCUGAAAAUGUUGAUUUAAAAAAAAAUUAAAAGGACUUUGGAGACAUUCAUAUAUAGGCUGAAAGUGUUGACAUUUAAAUGGCCCUGGGCAGGCUCUGUCGGGGUAAUAUUUCUUCAUCCAAAUCAACCUGGGGACAGGCAUAUAGGUGUGUUCUGGAUAAAUGAGAUCCACACUUACCGACAAACUGGUAACGUAAUGUUUGUGUUGUGGAGACCCAUAUUUAACCAUUUCUGGGUGACUUUGGAUCAAUUAGUGAACUUUCUUUACAAGACAAGAUUGUUUGUUUGGAGGGAAAUAUAAGAGGGGCAUCUAUGUGCACAUUGCUUUGAGCACCUGAAUAAAAUAAAUCUUUAUAAAAUAGAUUAAGCAUAUCAGGAAUAUUGUAGCAAUAGCAUUAUCUUGAUUUAUUGUUUACGUAGAGUAUUAGCACUUAGGAAAGGAGACUUAAAGAGCCAAACUUAAAGUAGGCUUUUAUUUAUUAUAUUUCAACCCACGAUGUUGUUAUCCAUCAUUUAAAAACAUUUUAGAGGCUUGGAGUGUUUGUGAGAUGAAUGCAGCAUUUCUGCCAGUUUCAGUUUAGCAUCCACUACAUUCAUCAAAACAUUGUGCAAAUUAUAAUAAUUAGUGCAAGCAAACAGGUCAAUUAAGUAUAUCUCUGGCUCCCAAUAUCUUUUCCAUUUGACCUUCUUUCUGAAAAAGAUCACUGUAGAAACCCAUCCAUAAUCCUGUUUGUGCCUGUCUUUCUUCGUGAUGCAUAUGGUGCGUUCUUUCAGACAUCUGUCAUUUAACAAAAUAACCUGUCUCGCUGUUUUGUAGAAGCUGGAGCUGGAUCGUUUUAUGCUUUAUGCUCAUGGACCUGAUUUAUGCAGAGAAUCAGACCUGCGGCAUGCAAUGGCCAACUGCUUUGAAGCCUUGAUAGGGGCCGUUUACCUGGAAGGAAGUCUUGAAGAAGCCAAACAAUUGUUUGGACGCCUGCUCUUCAACGACAAGCUGCAAGAAUCUAACUCUGACAGACAGCUGAUUGAGACGUCGCCUGUCCUCCAGAAAUUGACCGAAUUUGAGGAUGCUAUUGGAGUAAUUUUUACUCACGUUCGCCUCUUGGCGCGGGCUUUCACUUUGAGAACAGUGGGAUUUAACCAUCUGACGCUGGGCCAUAAUCAGAGGAUGGAGUUUUUGGGAGAUUCCAUAAUGCAGUUGGUGGCCACCGAGUACUUAUUUAUACAUUUCCCUGAUCAUCACGAAGGCCACUUGACG